AUGGUUACUGCUGGGCUUAGUCAGUGGGCUGAACCUGCCUUCUUCCCCUUCAGGACCUGUUGGCCACCAGAGGAACAGCAGGAGGAAAUGUGUGCAACUGGCCCUGGGAUCAGCCUUCCUCCCUGCAAAACCCACAGACUGGUAGAGGCUGGGCUGAUCACCUCUGCUCUCUCCUCAGCCAGCCGCAGGGAAAGGCUGGUGUUGGCCUUGAAGAAGGAAGGCCAUAUUCCCAAACUCUUACAGCUUUUCCAAAUCUGUGAGGAGUUACAGCUCAGAUGGGCCUUGCAGCAUUUGUCAGCCAUUAUGCAAGGAAUUCUGUGUCUCAACCAAGCAGCUCUGCUGGAGGUGAUGCUGUCCCAGGAUUGUAUCAAGGAUGUGGUUGGAUGCCUGGGUAUGGCACAGCCCAAAUGGCACCAGCAGCUCCUGCAGCAAACAACCCAGCUGAAGGAGCUUCUUCCCAUCCGAGACCCUGAGCUCCAGCAAAAAUUCCACCAGGUGUUCUGGGCACAGGGUAUUCAGGCUGUCCUCUUGGCCAAGGCAGCUGGGCUGGGAGAGGGUUCUCUGCCCAGCCUCACCUUCUUCGUCAGCUGCAAGAAAGAGGAGAUCUUCCAUUGGAGGUUAGUGCCUUCUGAGCUGCUCUCAAUGGCUUGA